GUGUAAAUAUGGUGUAAGUUAAGUUUAAAAAGAGAUUGGAUUAUGCUUUAUAUAAACGUAUGACUGAUAAUACGAGUUAUUUUAUUCUAUUACAAUGACGGAAAUAAAAGAACAAAUUUCCAAGGACGAAAAUAUAAUAAUUGUUGAAGAAUCGAUUCAAAAUUCGAAAGAAGAAAAAGUAAAUAAUUUAAAUUUAAAUCCAUUAAAUUGGAGUAAAAAUAAGAAAUUAUUUACGCUAAGCUUGGUGGGAUUUGUGACAAUGACAUCACCCAUAGCCAAUUCGAUCCUAUACCCUUCAAUUAUAGAUAUCACCGAAAGUCUUCAUACCACUAAAUUCCUUUCUAAUGCAUUGAUAUCCAUUAGCACAUUUUUUAAUGGAAUAGCUCCACUUGGAUGGGCAUCAUAUUCAGAAGUAUAUGAAACAAGAAAGAAAGCGUAUGUAAUAUCAUUGUUAUUAUUCAUGAUUACGAGUAUUACAUGCGCGGUAGCCACAAAUAUUUGGUUAUUACUAAUAAUGCGUGGAUUACAAGCAUCAGGAGUAUCAGCAGCUUUAUGUAUAGGAGCUGGUACUAUUUCAGAUAUUUACAUUCCGACAGAGAGAGGAACAGCUUAUGGUUAUUUUAGUUUAGUUAUAGUAAUAGGACCAAUAAUUGGUCCAAUUGUUGGUGGUUAUAUUACUGAUUAUCUUGGAUGGAGAUGGAUUUUUUGGUUUCUCUCAAUUUUUGGAUCAUUAACUUUAAUUUCUUUAUUCUUUAUUUCUGAAACAUACAAUUCAAAAAUAACUUUUACUAUCAAACAUGAUGAUAUGAUGAAGAAAAAAAAGUUCAAUCCAUUCUUACCUUUAUACAUGUUUAAAUAUCCGAAUAAGUUUUAUGGAUUAAGCCCAUCCAAAGCUGGAUUAGUAUUUAUUAGUUUAGGUUUGGGUCAAAUCUUAGGUAACGUAAUAGGUGGUAAAUGGUCUGAUAUUGUAUUAAUUAAAUUUAAGAAUAAGAAUAAUGGUAAACUUAUACCUGAACAAAGAAUUAAUAGUAUAUGGUUAGGUUCUAUAAUUAUACCAUUAAUUUUUAUCGCGUAUGGAUGGUUAAUUGAACGAAAAGUUCAUAUUUCAUUACCAAUUAUAUUAAUAUUCUUAAGUGGAUUCAGUGUAAUGACUGUAUAUACUUCAACAUCAGCAUAUUUAAUAGAUUCGUAUCCUGAUCAAAGUGCUUCGGCAAUAUCAACUCAUGUAUUUUUAAGAAGUGUAUUAACAGGAAUAUUUUCAUUAUUUACUAUUCUAUUACAAGAUUCAAUCGGAUUAGGUUGGAUGUUUACUUUAUUAGGAGCUGCUAGUUUAUUGAGUGUAUCAGCAUUAAUCAUCGUAUAUUUUAAAGGUGCUAAAUGGAGAGAACAACAAAUUAUAACUAUCGAUAAAUAAAUAAAU